UCUAGCUAGCUACUGAUGAUGUACAUUUUCCAAACCGUCAAAACCCGCUUUCUCCUCCUUCUCCUUAUAAAUAUAUAGAACUGAAAUCUGCAGACAUCUUAUCAUAUCUGACUCCUUUGCCACACUUCAAUAACAAUGGAGAAAUUAUACCUACGCGCUUUCCCUCUCCUCGUAACCAUACUUCUCUUCCCUCGUCUCAUACAAUCACAGGGUUGUCUUUCUCGGCAACCUCCUCGCCCAAUGGUAUUCACUCCACAUAACCGGUCGGACGCCGAUCCCCAACAGGUGCAUAUUUCAUUGGCGGGGAAGGAUCAUAUAAGAGUUUCGUGGGUUACUGAUACCAAACAUUCCAAGUCAAUCGUGGAAUAUGGAGAAACACCGGGAAAUUACAAUGCAUUGGCGACCGGCGAACACACAUCGUAUAAGUACUUCUUUUACAGCUCCGGCGAGAUCCACCACGUUAAGAUUGGACCCUUAAAGCCCAGCACCACCUAUUUCUACAGGUGUGGAGAUUCCGGCCCGGAGUUUUCCUUCCGUACACCUCCUUCCGGAUUUCCCAUUGAGUUUGCAGUUGUGGGAGACUUGGGACAAACAGAAUGGACAGCCUCAACCCUAGCACAUGUUGAUAGCGAGGACUACGACGUGUUUUUGUUGCCGGGCGAUUUAUCCUACGCCGAUACCCAACAGCCACUAUGGGAUUCGUUCGGACGCCUAGUCGAGCCAUAUGCGACUCGCCGGCCGUGGAUGGUGACGGAAGGGAACCACGAGAUUGAGAUAUUCCCGAUCAUCCACCCCCACGGCUUCACCUCCUACAAUGCCCGGUGGCGGAUGCCGUACGAAGAGAGUGGAUCCACCUCAAAUUUGUAUUACUCCUUCGACGUUGCAGGGACUCACGUUAUAAUGCUAGGAUCUUAUGCUGAUUUUGACGCAAAAUCGUCUCAGUACAAGUGGCUGAAGGCGGAUUUGGCUCAAGUCGACCGGAAAAAGACGCCGUGGGUGGUUGUGCUCUUGCAUGCGCCGUGGUAUAACACUAACACGGCCCAUCAAGGUGAAGGAGAAAGCAUGAGAAAAUCUUUGGAAGAGUUGCUGUAUUUGGCACGCGCCGACGUCGUUUUUUCUGGUCAUGUUCAUGCGUAUGAAAGAUUCACUAGGGUUUACAACAAGGAGGAGAAUCAAUGUGGUCCGCUGUAUGUCACCAUUGGUGAUGGAGGGAACCGAGAAGGACUAGCAUUAACUUUCAAGGACCCUGCUUCCCCUCUUUCCUUGUUUCGAGAGGCAAGUUUUGGACAUGGACGGCUGAGAAUAGUAAACGAGACACAUGCACAUUGGUCAUGGCAACGCAACAAUGACUCCAACUCAGUCGUGGCAGACCAGGUCUGGUUUGAAAGCUUAAGCACCUCCAAAGCCUGCUGGGAUGUGGACGACCAAGGAUUAUCAUCGUCUUUUAAGGAAGAACUAUAGAUUCGAUUGCAUGACUAUAUAUACAGUUUGAGGGUGAUCUUUCUUUUGAAACCCUCCAGUCCGAUUUCUUUCUUUGUAGGUUGAAAGAGUAAAAAAAAAUGAGUAAUGCAGAAACCACGCUUUUAUUUUAUAAUUAUCUCAUCUCGUUGAUGUGAUCGUAUCAAUCAGCUUUUAAUUUUUUUUUA